ACAUUGUGUACUGGUAGGACGCCAGCCUAUUUCAGAAUUCGCUGUUUCUAAACUUGAUCAGUAUCCCCCAGUUACUAUACCGUUUCGAUUGGACAAGUUUAGCACGUGAUAUUCAAGUAACUUAAGCACUCUUCAUUUAUUGAUAAUAAUAAUGGCUCUUCACUCUGCGGGGAAAGGCAAACUACUUGCUGUAAUUGGAGAUGAGGAUACUUGCGUUGGAUUUCUUUUGGGUGGAGUUGGUGAAAUUAAUAAACAUCGUCAACCCAAUUUUAUGGUUGUAGAUAAAAACACAGCUGUGAGCGACAUAGAAGAUACAUUUAAACGUUUCAUUAAGCGAGAUGAUAUUGACAUUAUACUUAUCAAUCAAAAUGUUGCUGAAAUGAUUCGCCAUGUAAUCGAUAGUCAUACACAACCUAUACCGUCAGUAUUAGAAAUACCAAGUAAAGAUCAUCCAUAUGAUGCUAGUAAGGAUUCUAUUCUAAGACGUGCUAAGGGAAUGUUUAAUCCAGAAGAUAUACAUUAAUCUGUGUAUAUAAACCUUUUUGGUAUUUGUUAAUAUCUGUAUGUAAUGCUGUUGUGACAUUAUAGAUUGCAUA